AUGACUCAACCCAACCCCUACAUUCUCGCCGCGGACAACCCCUCCGCCGUUCUGGGCCUCCUCCGCUCCGAUCCCUCCAUCGCUUCCAAGCAAGACGAACACGGCUACUCUCUUCUCCAUGCCGCCGCUUCCUACGGUCAUAUUGACCUCCUUCGCGCGCUCGUGAAAGAGUUUAAUGCUGACGUCAACCUGCUCGACGAGGACGGUGAAACUUGCCUUUUCGUAACGGAGAACGUCAACAUUGCAAAAUGCCUCGUUGAGGAGCUGAACAUCGACCAUAAUAAAACAAACGAUGAAGGCCUGACGGCUCGCGAAACAAUCGAGAGCGAUGGCUCGUUCCCCGAGGUCGCUGCUUACUUGCGCCAGGUGGCUGGGAUAUCCGGUGAUGUCGCGGGUAAUGGCAGCUUGUCCGUUGAGGAUGCACUGAACCCGGCUCCGCCGCUGCCUCCGAACAUGCAAGUGAAUUUGGGGACAAUGUCCGAGCAGGAAGCUAAUGGAGGCAUCGGUGAGGUGGAUCCGGAGUUUAAGAGGAGGAUUGAUGAGCUUGCGGCGCGGGAGGACUUCGGAAGUGAAGCGAGUCAGAAUGAGCUGCGGCAGCUUGUUAUGGAUGCGAUCCAGGGGUCGAAUAUUGAUACGCAAGAUAAGGAUGUGCGGAGGAGAAUGGAGUGA